AUGGCUCUGAGUCCAGGGGCAAGUCUGGAGCUUGAAGAGCCAAUGAUGCCACCAAGUGUCCAUCCCCGUGGGGCCCUGGGCUUAGCCUCCGGCGCCGUCCCUGGGUCCAGCCCAGACAUGGCCCUCGUUCCUACCUUGAAUCCACCUCCAAGUCCUGGCUCGGUUCUCAUCCCAGACCUUAAUUCCACCCUGACUCCUGUCUCAGGGAAGGCCCUUGGCCUGGAGUGUGAUGGCAACCCCAGAGCUGAUGACAGCAGGGCCGUGGCUCUAGCCUCCCUCCAGACCGCCAGUUCCUUCUCUGGUGAAGCCCACGUCCUGGAUUCCAAUCAUGCCUCAGGGUCUGACUCCCAGGGGGCCCUCUGUUCCGCCUCCAGCCCUGUUCUGAGCUCUGGCUCUCCUGAGGCCGCUGCUCAGAGCUCAGGGAUCCUCUCUGGCCCAAGUGCAGAGGAGGCCUUCAAGUGCCUCUUUAGCAGCAAUUUCGAUUUGGGGCAGAGUAACACCAAUCCUUCCAGACCAGAGUCAAACCCGUUCAUAAGGGCCCAUUCAGGGGAGGCCCUGGUGCUGGGCCACUGCAUCUCCCGGCCAAGCUCCAAAGCACUCCUCCUGCCAGCCUCAAAUACUUCUCUGGACCCCAACUCCACGCAGCGGCUCAGCGUGGCUUCAAGAAACGUCUCCAAGUUGGAUCUGAACAUAGCCCCAGACUCCAGUGAGACGGUCACGCUGGCUGCCCACAACCUCUCCGGGUCUGUUUCCCGAGGCACUUUUGGUGCAACCUGGAGCUCAAGUUCCAAGGGGACCAUUGAUGUGACUUCCAACAGCCACUCCAGAUCCGAUUUGAACAUGACCCUCACCCAGGCCUCAUGUGUGACCCUGAUCCCUGGCUCCAGUGAUGGGAUCAGCCUGCAUUCCAGCACCCACAGACCCAUCACCUCCCUCUCGCCACCCUCAUGCAUGACUCUGAUCCUGGGCUCCAACGAGACCCUCAGUGUGGGCUCCAGCCUCAUGUUCAGUGACACCUCGACCUUGACCCUGAGCAGCCAGCAGGACUAUUCCGAGGACAACAGCAUCCGCACCAUGGUCCUGGACGACAAUCUGGAGAGCUGGGGCGAGAGGGCCGGUGUGGAGGUGGGCCAUCUCCCGCUGGGGCUCCCCACCACCCACGCCGGGGACAGGGACACCUUCCGAAGCAUCCCGGAUGGAGCCUUCAGUGAAGUGACUUCGCGCCUGACGAAGGGGCCAGACAAGAGAGAGGUUGGUAACAGAAGGGCCCUGGUGGAGAAGGGCAUCACCCUCCAGAAGAAUCAGGAUCCGCUGGAAGCGGGAGAGAAGAAGACCAUGAUGAAGAAGAUGAUGAGGCAGAUCCAGGAGGAGCCGCUGGAUUCCCUCUCGAGCUCCGUGCGGCGCCAGGCCAUGGAGACCCUGACGCAGCUGAGUCACACCCAGCCCAUCCUGGGUGUGCGCGAGCGGUCGGAGCUGGUGAACACGUGUGUGCAGAGCGUGUUCUCCCUGCCCUCCGUGCAGGCCAUGCAGGAGAAGGACGAGGCCAAAGCUGAGGUCAUCCAGACACUCUACCAUCAGACCCUGGACGCUCUGCAGAAGCUGCUCAAUGCUCUCUUCAUUGAGGACCCCACUCCGGCUGGGCUGAAGAGCAUCUUGGAGCCUCUGGGCCCUUGGAUGAACUCUGGGAAGGCCCAUGAGCGAGCACGGGCUGUCAACAGCAACGUCUCCGUGCUCAACCACACGCUUCUGACCCUGCCUUUCUUUAUGUCCUCGGGGUUCCCGGCGCUGGGUGUCCUCCUGGGGAGGCUCAUCCUCCGCAUCGGAGACCCUGACGAGGAGAUUGGCCGGGAGGCUCUGGACGGCAUCAUCACCCUCUACACCAUCCUGGAGCUGCAGAAACGAGCCAGAGAUAAGGAAGAGACCAACAAGAAGGAGCUGUAUGAGAGCAACAAGCGUUUCCUGGGGCCCUACAACCCCGUCAGCCCGUGUCAGAACAUCCUGCGUGUGAUCGCGGAGUUUGGAGACUUCCUGGGGCCCCAGCAGGUGAAGGACCUGCUGCUAGCCGCCCUGGAAGGGCUGAAGGGCAGCGCAGAGGCGCGGGGGAAGGACUCAGGAGAGAUGGUGCAGCUGGCCUCGGAGGUCACGCUCAGCUCCGUCCUGGAGUGGUACCGCCACAGGGCGCUGGAGGUGAUCCCGGAAAUCAUGCAGGGCAUCUACGUGCAGCUGAGCCACAUCCAGGAGCCCCGGGCCCGCGAGGUGGCCCUGCUGCCCGUCUCCCUCCUGGCCAGCUCCUUCAUGACCGAGGUCGUGGUGGCCCUGCUCAUGUGCCCCCUCCCGCUGGACAGCAACGGGGCAGAGAUGUGGCGGCAGCUGAUCCUGCGCAAGCCCAGCUGUGACGUCCGAGACCUCCUGGACCUGCUGCUGACCAGCCUGAAAGAGAAGCCCGUCACCAAGAAGGGCCGGGCCUCCAUCGUGCCCCUCGCGGCAGCCAGCGGCCUGUGUGAGCUCCUGUCCGUCAACAGCUGCGUGGGUCGCGUGAGGCGCAUCUACCCGCAGCUGCUCCUGGCGCUGCUCAUCCAGGUGCAUUACCACAUCGGCCUCAACCUGCCCAGCCGCGCGGCUCCCCGCAAGGACGCCCAGAGUGCCAAGAGCCAAGCGCGGCCUCCUGCCUUCGUCCCUGUGCGCUGGGUGGUGAAGGUAGUGAAAACCCUACUGCUGAAGAUGGGCUGCUCGUACGAGGCCACCUUUCUGGAGGACCAGGGGGGCUGGGAGCUCAUGGGGCAGGCGGAGAACCACCACCGAGGAGUGUCACUGCUGGCAAGGGCCAUGGUGCACUACUCCUGCCAGGAGCUGUGCCGCAUCCUCUACCUGCUCAUCCCACUGCUGGAGCACGGUGACGAGAAGCACAAGAUCACAGCCACGGCCUUCUUUGUGGAGCUCCUCCAGAUGGAACAGGUGCGGCGGAUCCCCGAGGAGUACUCUCUGGGAAGGAUGGCGGAAGGCCUGGGCCACCGCGACCCCAUCAUGAAGGUGCUGUCCAUCAGAGGCCUGGUGAUCCUGGCCCGCAGGACUGAGAAGACAGCCAAGGUGCAGGCCCUCCUGCCCUCCAUGGUGAAAGGACUGAAGAGCAUGGAUGGGAUGCUGGUGGUGGAGGCAGUCCAAAACCUCAAGGCCAUCUUCAAGGGGCAGGACCGGAAGCUGGCAGACAGCUCUGUCUACGUGGAGAUGCUGCAGGUCCUGCUGCCCCACUUCAGUGACGCAAGAGAGGACGUGCGCUCUUCCUGCAUCAACCUGUACGGGAAGGUGGUCCAGAAGCUGCGCUCGCCGCGCACGCAGGCCGUGGAGGAGCAGCUGCUCAGCACCUUGGUGCCUCUGCUACUUGUCAUGCAGGAGGGCAACACCAAGGUGGGCCAGAAAUGCGUGAAGACCCUGUUCCGCUGCUCCUACCUCAUGGCGUGGGAGCUGCCGAAAAGAGCUUACAGCCGGAAGCCCUGGGACAACCAGCAGCAGGCCGUGACCAAAAUCUGCAAGUACCUUGUGAAUGCCCACCGAGACAGUGCCUUCACAUUCCUCAGCCAGAGUCUGGAGUACGCCAAGAGCCCACGGGCCUCCCUCCGCAAGUCCUCAGUCAUGUUCAUAGGGUCCCUGGUCCCCUGCAUGGAGGGCAUAAUGACGGAAGAGCGCCUGAACGAAGUGAAGACUGCUCUGGAAAACCUGAGACACGACCCGGAAGCAUCCGUGUGCAUCUGUGCGGCCCAGGCCCAGGAGCACAUCCUGGCCAGCUGCUGGCGGAACUCCUGGCCACUGCCGCAUGGGGAUGCGUGGGUGUGCGACCCGGCCACCACGCACCGCUGGAGCCCCAGCUGUGAGGACCUGCCCACUUCCCACCAGCGGCGCUCCUGGAUCCUGCAGGCCCUGGGCUUCUGGAAGAUCUCCUUGAAGCAGUGA